GUUUAUUAUCUCACAAGCAUUAUGACAUUUUAAUUACCGCUCUUGUAAAACCGAAAGAUGAGUGAGACUGGACGGAGCACUAUAUCUUUCACAUUACCAACAGAACGAACCUGGGAAAACAGUGAUGAUGGCGAGGAGGACACUCAUAUCCCAGAACAAUCUAACCAUACGAAAACUGAAAACAUUACAUUAAACAAAACAACAGGUCUGCAGUUAUUUAGUGACAACAUCAUAAAGCAAGACCAAAAUGCCACAUCAAAAAAUUCCAAGGAAAAUCAACAAACAAUAGCAGAUGAAACAAUAGCGUCAGGUGGGAAAAGUAGUCCAGAGAACAUGGAUAAACAUGAUGACGAUAAUACGGAGAUUAUUGAAAAAGUAGCGCAGAGUAAUAUAACAGAUAACUUUUCUAUAACAAAUUAUACACAAUCAGAAAUUUCAGAGCAAACAACUGAAUCAAAAGAGUUAUGCACUAACGACCAAGUACCGCCUAUUGACUUGAGUGGAAAACGCAAUGAGAAAGAAAACAAUAAAGAUGGAAGUUCUCGAAAGGAUAACAUUAAACGGCACCCAAGUAACAGAAGGGUUCAGAAGGUAGGGUUUAGUCCUAGGCGACAAACUAUUGCUCUUCAGAGAGAAAAACACAGAAAAGAAGAAAUCCGACGACAACCACUAGAAAUAAAGCGACAGUCUCUCGACAUAACAAGUUUGAAAGACAAGCAAGACGACAACCGUCGUCAGUCGAGACUUCCAUCACUUCAAAGUAUGGGAUCAAACAUAGCUAACCUUCUUAGGUCAGCUCGACAAAGUGUAAUACAUGGAAUUGGUCUAAGAAAACCGGACAUUGUCGACAAUAAAGUCAAGUUAGAAGUUGACAGAUUAUGGAAGAUCAGGACAAAUCUAAUUAGAAAAGAAAGCCAUGGAAGAGAAAACAUUUUGAAGCUGAAGUCUCUUAUAACUGACACAGUGGAACUACUAGGACGAGUCCGUGUCAACGUCAGAGAAAAAGAAAUAUAUUCCGAUGAAGAUGUAGAAUUUCAUGCCAGAGAAAUAAACAGCUUACAGUUACUGUUUCAUGGCAUACUGGAAAUAUGGUUAAAAGUGAAAGAUACAGAUAAAAUUGAAUACAAGAAUAUAAUUCUACCUGAGAUGAUGGAACUGGCGACCGAUAUGACUUCCUUGUAUGGAGAGGUUAUGGCCUUAUUCUUACAAAGGUUUGAUUUAAAUAUAAUCCCAAUGUUACGACCUGUCCAUGGACUAUACUACGGAUUAGGUCUACACUGUCGAUAUAAUUGUCUGGACAAAGAUAUAACUUACAGAGAUGGUGCUUCUACAGUAUACUCGGGUUUUAUAUCUGGAAUUCUCAGCCUUUUGAGGGGAACAAAAGUACUUCUCAAAAGACUAAAAUUUGAAGACGAGAAUGGUAGAGAAAGGCGACGACUUGUACAGUCCACAAUAUGUAGAUUUACAAAGGAUAUACAGUCUGUGUUAACACAUGGUCUUCAUUCAAUAUCUUUGGAAGAAUACAGAAAGUUGAUCCAUAAAUUAGGAAACCUGUGUUCUGAUGCUUUUUUCACUAUAGGGAAAACCAAGGGAAUUCUAGGUUCCUUAGAAAUGGGAGAAGGUGUGACAGCACUACAGCCAACAAAGUUAUUAGGAAAUAUAUCACAUUGUGACGUAGUAAGGUGUGCAGUAGAAGACAGACCAGAAGUUAUAAAUGGGCUUGUAUUUCAAGAGGGACAACAGUUAAUGUCUGAUAUAUUUCAAGUGACAGGAGCACCAUUUUGUACAUCCGAAAAGAUUUUGUUACGAUUUCCGUUAUCUACUGGGGCUUUACCACCGUCUUCAAUGGUCAAAGUAAAAGUUAAAUAUGGCACUAAGUGGACUGAUCUCAAUGGAGAAUUUAAGAACAACUACAUUGAGUUUGAAGCCAAGAUGAUAUCUGCGUUUGUGGCGGUUGUUGGAUUUCGUGGCAUUCACAGAGAAGUAACUACAGCAGGACACUCGUUUGUGUCGGAUGACGAUACACGUGUUAGAAUGAGUAUACCAAAAAACUCUUUUAGCGUCCCUUGCAUUACUAAAUUUCGGUUCAUUCAAAUUAACAGGAACAGGAUGUAUGGUUAUAAAGAAACAUGUAAAGAGGACUGUCAUGGUAUUGUUGCUUGUUCUGACAUUCUAAAUGUAACACAUGACGGAAAUGUAGAUAUUAAUAAGCCGAUUCUUGUACAUCUACCAAUACUCCAUGAUAUAGAGGAUAGUAACUCAGAAAUAGUCUUAUUCGAAAGAAAUCUAGAAGGCAGUUUAUCAAUUCGAAUCGUAAAUGAUGCCAUUCAAUGUGAACCACAUGGGAAUUGUUACACGUUUGCAGUUUCUUGUUUGAAUAACAGUAUUGCACUAGGAAAGGUGAAACGGAAAAUUCUAAAGAAGAAUAAAAAUAAAUUACUCGAAGAAUUUGAUUUAUAUUGUGGAUUAGAACAUAUAUGUAAUAUAAUGACUUAUAUGGAUAAGAACCUUCUCACUGUUGGAGUAGUAAAAUUGUGGGUAGAAAUAGUAGAAAAACGAUUUACAACUAGGAUAUUAAGAAAGCGCGCAAAUGAAGGACUAUUUGAGGUUCCAGGUAGCAGAAGCCCAGAUAUUCGCAUGAAAGAGCAGGAUGUUGUUCGUAUGGAAAUGGAUGGAACUAUUCAGAAGAUUCGUGAAAUACCUUCGGAACAUUAUUCAAUUGUAUAUUUGUCAACAGCACGUGAUAAUUACCGUUCUUUCCACGUCGAAGAACGCCGUGAUUCAAGAGGUCGGCAAGUGGGAAUUUUGAAUUUUAUAAGUGAUACUCAUGGAGAUGGAUUUUUAUUACAUUCAGCAACAAUCGAUAUUAAUCGAUAUCUUAUUAGUCUGUCACGAAUCCCUACAUCACAUUCAGAUAUUCGACCAAAUACCUAUGGAAGAUUGACAUUUUCCCGCCAAUCACGGUCAUCGAGGUCAUCCGGAAGAUCAGUUAAGUCAACAUUAGCAUACAAAGCUAUAUUUGAGGAAGUGCCAGUACUGAGUCACCAGAGCUUACUGAUACUUGCCGGUGCAAUGUCCGUAGAAACAGCGCAGAUGUUGGGUGUAGAGCUCGGACUUCAAAAUGAAGAUAUACUUAAUUUAAAGACAGUCAACCAACCAACAGUUCUUACCGUUUUCGAGAUACUUUGGAUGUGGCGAGGAAAGCAAGUCAGUAAAAACGACGCGGACCAACUCAUAGAAUGUUUAAAGAGAAUAGAAUCGGUUCAUUUAGCAAAUGUGGUAGCAAAAGCAAAUAGAGAAAAACGCUAUUUAACUAGAACAGACUUAAAGUGAAUAGUAUUUCUCCAUGUAAUUUUUGUAAAUAGUGUUUGAAGUUUCCAUCUGUUCAUGAAUAAAAAAAGAAAAUAAUUUGUUUAAUAUAUAA